AGGUGUGCGCAGGCGCGGCCACGGGCGCAUGCGUGCUCACUCCGGCGCGCCGUGCCGGCGGGGGCGGGGAUACGCCGUGUGCGCGGCCGGGGCGGAGCGGAGGAGGAGGAGGGGGUGGUGGCCGGGCUGCGGGGUAGGAUCCCGCUGUAGGCUCGGGUAAGCUACGCGCACGCAGUGCUGAGUUCCCGCACGCUGCGGCGCCAUGGAGAUCGGCACCGAGAUCAGCCGCAAGAUCCGGAGUGCCAUUAAGGGGAAAUUGCAAGAAUUAGGAGCUUAUGUUGAUGAAGAACUUCCUGAUUACAUUAUGGUGAUGGUGGCCAACAAGAAAAGUCAGGACCAAAUGACAGAGGAUCUAUCCCUGUUUCUAGGGAACAACACAAUUCGAUUCACCGUAUGGCUUCAUGGUGUAUUAGAUAAACUUCGCUCUGUUACAACUGAACCGUCUAGUCUAAAGUCUUCUGAUACCAACAUCUUUGAUAGUAACGUGUCUUCAAACAAGAGCAGUUUCAGUCGGGGAGAUGAGAGGAGGCAUGAAGCUGCAGUGCCACCACUUGCCAUUCCUAGCACUAGACCUGAAAAAAGAGAUUCCAGAGUUGCUACAAGUUCACAGGAGUCAAAAACCACUAAUAUCAGGCAGACUUAUGAUGAUGGAGCUGCAACCCGACUAAUGUCAACAGUGAAACCUUUGAGGGAGCCAGCACCCUCUGAAGAUGUGAUUGAUAUUAAGCCAGAACCAGAUGAUCUCAUUGACGAAGACCUGAACUUUGUGCAGGAGAACCCUUUAUCUCAGAAAAAACCUACAGUGACACUUACAUAUGGUUCUUCUCGCCCUUCUAUUGAAAUUUAUCGACCACCUGCAAGUAGAAAUGCAGAUAGUGGUGUUCAUUUAAACAGGUUGCAAUUUCAACAGCAGCAAAAUAGUAUUCAUGCUGCCAAGCAGCUUGAUAUGCAGAAUAGUUGGGUAUAUGAAACAGGACGUUUGUGUGAACAAGAAGUGCUUAACAGCUUAGAAGAAACGUAUAGUCCGUUCUUUAGAAACAACUCGGAGAAAAUGAGUAUGGAGGAUGAAAACUUUCGGAAGAGAAAGUUGCCUGUGGUAAGUUCAGUUGUUAAAGUAAAAAAAUUCAAUCAUGAUGGAGAAGAGGAGGAAGAAGAUGAUGAUUAUGGGUCUCGAACAGGAAGCAUCUCCAGCAGUGUGUCUGUGCCAGCAAAGCCUGAAAGGAGACCUUCUCUUCCACCUUCUAAACAAGCUAACAAGAAUCUGAUUUUGAAGGCUAUAUCUGAAGCUCAAGAAUCUGUAACAAAAACAACUAACUAUUCCACAGUCCCACAGAAACAGACACUUCCAGUUGCUCCCAGAACUCGAACUUCUCAAGAAGAAUUGCUAGCAGAAGUGGUCCAGGGACAAAGUAGGACCCCCAGAAUAAGUCCCCCCAUUAAAGAAGAGGAAACAAAAGGAGAUGCCAUAGAAAAAAAUCAAGGAACUCAACAGAGGCAAUUAUUAUCCCGACUACAAAUUGACCCAGUAAUGGCAGAAACUCUGCAGAUCAGUCAAGCUGAGAUGAGUGAACUGAGUGUGGCACAGAAACCAGAAAAACUUUUGGAGCGCUGCAAGUACUGGCCUGCUUGUAAAAACGGGGAUGAGUGUGCCUACCACCACCCCAUCUCACCCUGCAAAGCCUUCCCCAAUUGUAAAUUUGCUGAAAAAUGUUUGUUUGUUCACCCAAAUUGUAAAUAUGAUGCAAAGUGUACGAAACCAGAUUGUCCUUUCACUCAUGUGAGUAGAAGAAUUCCAGUACUGUCUCCAAAACCAGCAGUGGCAACGCCAGCACCACCUUCCAGUAGUCAGCUCUGCCGCUACUUCCCAGCUUGUAAGAAGAUGGAAUGUCCCUUCUAUCAUCCAAAACACUGUAGGUUUAACACUCAGUGUACGAGACCGGACUGCACAUUCUACCAUCCUACCAUUAAUGUACCACCACGACAUGCCUUGAAAUGGAUUCGACCUCAAACCAGCGAAUAACACUCAGUCCUACCUGGCAGAAGAUCAUGCAGUUUGGAAGUUUCCAUCUACUGAUGAAUACUCUACAAAACUUGUCAAAUCUUUGAAACUUGGAAUAUAUUGCUUUCAUAAUAUGAAGUUUAUUGCCUAUCUGAAUUGUCUAAUUUUUCAAGUUUGUAAGUUUAUUAAGUGGUUUUAACAUUGGGUGUUUUUGUUUUGUUUUUACUAUACAAAGACAGCUUAAAGAAGAGCUACAUUCUGUUAAAAUAUUUGGGGCAUGUUUGUGCACUGCUGUUGUGAGGAUCAGCAUAUGAAAUUGACGUCAUGGUUAGUGAUGGUGCUGCAGCUUAGGGGGCUCCACGGUUGCUGUGUGAGUGGAGAGAGGCAGUGAGGCAGGUGCCAUUAUUCUGAAAACUGAACUGCUUUCACUUUUCCCAAAGAUUAUAUAACGUUCAUAAUCCACCAUGAAAACAGGAUUGGCCAAAGGUACGGAGGCUGCUGAAAAUACUCAAUUCUGCUUUUUAAUUUUUAAGUGAAUUCAGUUUGAAAAGCAUGAUAAUACAGGCCUCUCAGGCUCAGUGCUACUUUGGUAAAGUUCCCAGUUUCCUUGCCUUUUGUGAUAGGAUGAACGAGGUGGGUAUGGACAGUGAAGACAGCUGGAAUGGCAAGUGCAGAAAACAGGAACAGUUCUACACAUUUACUAAUGGCAUAAUACCUUCUAAAUAAAUUUUUUGGGAAACUACAUUAUCACAAAAUUAUACAAAUUUUUUUACAAGUAUUUACAUAAGGUAUCUGAAAACAGACUUUAAAGUCACAAGAUUAUAAAUGUACAUAUAUAUUCUCACAUUCUGAAAAAUAACAUUCUCAGAAAUAGCUCCACAGAAAAUAUACAUAGUUACUACUGAAGAUAAUUUUUGAAAUGUAAAAAUUAGAUUGAAAUAGUAUAUUUUAAAUGACAAAACUAUAAUUACAGAGAUCAGAUAGGUAAACUGUAAGAUAGGAUGAAACUUUUGGCCUACUGUAUUACAGAGAGAGAGAGAGAGAGAGAGAGAGAGAGUGUGUGUGUGUGUGGUUUUUAAAACUGUUAAGGCAAGAAGUGUCAAAUGCUUUAGAGUUAAACAAACAGAUCACUGAUUUCAAAGACUUGAUGUAUAGUAGUGUUAAAAAUUAAAGCUUAAAAGGUGGUUAGAAAAGUAGAUUAAUGCAAAAGGGAUAAUAAAGACUGCAACAUUCUCAGGACCAAAUUAAACUGCUAAAAAGUUCAUUGACUUGCUUAGUCAUAUACCCAAAUGAUGAUAAACCUGCAUGUGCAAAGGCUCAUGUUUUAAGAUUGUCAAGCCAGCAGUCUACUGUUGUGCUGCCAUUGCUUUUCCAUUGGGAGAAGAAAGAAUUAACCAGUCAUUAAACCAUUUGGUAAGUUGCACUUUGCUGUGCUGAUCCCACAGGAAAGGCUUGAAACAUGAGAAGCAGCAAAGACAGAGCACACACGAGCAUAAGGCUAUUGUCUUCAGCUUGGGUGAAAUGACAGUUCCUCUUCAUUCUAAAAGCUUACUCCAUUGAAUUUAAGGCAUUUGUUCAUUCCAGCAUUACUUGAGAUGCUUUGCAUCUCUGCAGAAGAAAUUUAUUUUAAAUUGUUUAAAUUUCUGGAAAUAUCCUUUUAGCUAUCAUUUAUAAAUGGUAAAUAGUUUCGUUCUCAGUUUCACUAUAAAGAGCAAAUGGGAAACAAGGGCUUAAUUUAGUUCAGCCAUUUUGCAAGGAAAUAAAGUACUAAAAUCUGA